AUGCGUUCGCUUCACAUUUUGCUGGUGUUUACUGCCAGUCUUCUUGCCAGCCUAACAGAGUCGGCGAAAGCUGAUUCUUUAGCUCGUACCGUCAGCGUUGUUGACAACGUCAAAGUAAAAAGCAGAUUUCUGAGGGCUCAAACGGACGAGAAGAACGAAGAGAGAGCAACGAUAACGCUUGGAGACAGGGUUGUUUCCGACAAGGCGGCGACAAAAGAUCUGCUACAGCAGCUUCUUGCACUGGGCACGCCACUGGAAAAAGUCCAGAAGCAAUUCCUGAACAUACCGCAGAUGAAAACAUUUGCGGAGUUGAGCAAACACCCGAACUGGAAAGCGCUUGACAAAUAUGAACGGAUGCAGUGGCAGAAGCUAAAGGAGGGCGAAACACUGACAUUUAUGCGUCUUGGCGAUCGAUUAUACUCUAAAGAGAAAGCGCAAGAACAGCUCCUUAGGUGGGUUGCGCAGAAAAAACCUGUGGAGAGUGUAUAUGAUGACCUACAAGUGGCAGGCUUUGCACAUAAUACUGUUGCUGCUCGCCAGAACUGGAGAGCAUAUAUUAUGUACGACAAGUGGUUUACGGCGGCCUCACAAAUGCAGAGGAACCCGCAGCAGUAUGCCAAGUUCGGCACGGGAUAUCAUUCGGAGCAAAAGACGACGGAGUUGUUCGAGAAGUGGGCCAUGGAGGGAACCCAUAUAAAAAGUGUCAUCACGACGCUUAAACUCAACGGUAAGUCGGCGUCUGAGAUGGCAAAUAACGAGAAUUUUCCCGCGCUCCUGAAGUAUGUCAAGUUGUAUCUUGAUUUUAAACCAGUCAGGGACCUUAACGCAAAAUCCCGUCUCCAAGCUAGACGGCCCAUAUCUUAG